AUGGGAAGCCCGUCUAGAUAUUUCGACAUCUUUGGGAUGAAGCCUUCGUUUGCCAUAGACCAGGACAUCCUCAAGGAAAAGUACUUCGAAAUAAGUAAAAAGCUUCAUCCAGACAGGCCUGGCCUGUCUUUUGCAGGAGACACAUCGAUAGAGGAAGUAAACAAGGCGUACGAUACAUUGAAGAACGAUCUGGCAAGGGCGAGGUACCUGAGCAAUGCAAAGAAGCUUUCUGUAGACAAGAAGUUCCUGGAGGACGUCCUGGAGUAUGAGGAGGCCAUCUCGAAUAUAAGCAGCGACGAAGACGAAAGAAGAGUCAAGGAGGAUCUGCAGAGAAGAAUUGCCCAGUGCAAGCAGCAUCUCGGCGAAGAGCAUCUAGCGAAGUGGGGGUACUACGAAAGACUGAUGAAGAUGCUUAACAAGAGGAAGGAGCAGGAAAAUAGAGCCAAUGUUCAUUAA